UUAAUCAGGAUCACACAACAAUAAUGAAUGGAAACACGUCGUGGCCAAGAAAGUUGAACAGCAGCUGAGAGUCAGUGGGACUGAAAGUGAUCUGUCGCAGGGGAAGGACAUGGAUUGGCAUGAAAAAUCUGAAAAUACUCGUCGGAGGAGAAAGCAGCUGAACUUCCAUCACUUUUAAAAUCAAGCUUUUUGAAGGCAGGACGGUGGAAUUACACUGUAAAUGGCACUUUUGGGGGGCAGUAAUAGGAGACUACUGCACUGUCAGCUUUUUAUCUCAGCGAGGAGACGUGGAUUACUCGGCUUCAUCCGUUGAUGACAUUGUUGGAAUACCUGUUGUUUUAUUUUGUUUUUAUGUUGUUGCUCGUUGGCUUAGCCUUGGUAUCGUUGAAGUGACUUGAAGGAGGGAGAGAGUCCGUAGAGCUGGGGAGAAAAUGGGGAAUAUAGAGAGUGUGGAUGGACAGUCGGAGAUGAAGCAUCACAUCAUGCCUCUGAAGGUGCCCAUGCCUGAGCCCACCGAGCUGGAGGAGAAAUUUGCCAUUGUUUUGAAUUCUAUGAACCUGCCUCCAGACAAAGCCCGGCUCCUCAGGCAGUAUGACAAUGAGAAGAAAUGGGACCUGAUCUGCGACCAGGAGAGGUUUCAAGUGAAGAAUCCUCCUCACACCUACAUCCAGAAGCUGCGUGGAUACCUAGACCCUCGAGCCACUCGCAAGAAGUUUCGGAGGCGGGUGCAGGAAUCCACAAAAGUCUUAAGGGAGCUCGAGAUAUCUCUGAGGACAAAUCACAUUGGGUGGGUCAGGGAGUUCCUCAAUGAUGAGAACAGAGGUCUUGACAUCCUGGUGGAGUAUCUGUCUUUCGCCCAGUGUGCUGUCAUGUUUGAUUUUGAGGGCCUGGAGAAUGGGGAGGAAGGCUUCUUGGACAAGGCUAAAUCUUGGAGCAGGUCUAUAGAGGAUCUGCACCAUACAGGCACCCAACCCUUCUGUAACACACUGGUGCGCUCUGCCCACCAGUCUGUUCUCCGCUAUGGCUCAGCCUCAAAUACCAAAACCAUCAAAAACUCCCGCCUUGUGAGCCAAAAGGAUGAUGUGCAUGUGUGCAUCAUGUGCUUGAGAGCAAUCAUGAACUAUCAGUAUGGUUUCAAUAUGGUCAUGUCCCACGCACACGCGGUCAAUGAAAUUGCUCUCAGCAUGAACAAUAAGAACUCACGGACAAAAGCCUUAGUUCUUGAGCUGCUUGCUGCUGUCUGUCUAGUCCGUGGAGGUCACGAGAUCAUCCUCUCAGCAUUUGACAACUUCAAAGAGGUGUGUAAAGAGAAGCAUCGCUUUGAGAGGCUGAUGGAUUACUUCCGCUGUGAGGAGGGAAACAUCGACUUCAUGGUUGCUUGCAUGCAGUUCAUCAACAUCGUUGUCCACUCAGUUGAGGACAUGAACUUCAGAGUCCAUCUGCAGUAUGAAUUCACCAAGCUGGGGCUGGAUGAGUACCUGGAGAAAUGUAAACACACGGAGAGUGACAAGCUGUCGGUGCAGAUCCAGGCCUACCUGGAUAACGUGUUUGACGUGGGUGGUCUGCUGGAAGAUGCAGAGACCAAGAAUGCAGCGCUGGAGAAGGUGGACGAGCUGGAGGAGCACCUGUCUCAUGUGACGGAGAAGCUGCUGGAGGUUGAGAAUGAAACAAUGAUGAAGGUAGCUGAUCUGGAGAAAGUGCUCCUUCAGAAAGACAAGGACCUGCAAGCAAUACGGGAGACGUACGAGUCAACCAACACGCAGGUCAACACCCUCAGGAGGGUGAUCAAGGAGAAGGACGCUGCCUUCCAGAGGCACUUCAACAUCGAGAGGAGGCUGCUGGAGCUUGAACAGCAAGGCACCAUUCGUUUGCACAAGAAACCUGAUGGAGACAUUGCAAUCGAGCCUCUUGGUGUGGGUGGUGGAGGUGGUGGUGGUGGUGGUGGUGUGGGUGGUGGCGGCCUUGGGAUCCCUCUGGGUGACAUUGGGCAGCUCUCUCUGGGUCCUACAGCAGUGUCAACAGAACUUGGAGGACCAGACACCAGUUUACCACCAGCCAGUGAAGCUCCUCCCCCGCCUCCCCCACCACCACCACCUCCUCCUCCCCUGCCCUCUGCCACAGGCAUAGGUGCACGAAAUCCACCACCGGCGCCUCCUCUUGCUCCUCCUCUGCCAGAUGCUUCUCCCUCCGUUAUCCUUAGUUUGGGUCUAUCAGCUAUCAGAAUCAAGAGGCCCAUCAAGACUAAGUUCCGCCUGCCCGUGUUUAACUGGACGGCCCUGAAGCCCAAUCAGAUCAAUGGCACAGUCUUCAAUGAGAUCGAUGAUGAACGUGUGCUUGAGGAACUGGAUCUAGAGAGGUUUGAGGAGCUCUUUAAGACCAGAGCCCAGGGUCCUAUUGUGGAUCUCGCCUGCACAAAGAGCAAAGUUGCCCAAAAGGCAGUAAACAAAGUCACCCUACUGGAUGCCAACCGCUCCAAAAACCUCGCCAUCACACUGCGAAAGGCAAACAAGACCACAGAGGAAAUCUGCAAAGCAAUCGAGAAGUUUGACCUCAAGACCUUACCUGUUGACUUUGUGGAGUGCCUGAUGCGCUUCCUGCCCACAGAGGGAGAGGUCAAGGUGCUGCGUCAGUACGAGCGUGAGCGGCGUCCCCUGGACCAGCUCGCGGAGGAGGAUCGUUUCAUGUUGUUUUUCAGUAAGAUCGAGAGACUCACACAGAGGAUGAACAUCAUCACCUUUGUCGGCAACUUUGCGGACAAUGUGAACUUGCUCACGCCACAGCUCAAUGCAAUCAUUGCUGCUUCCGGAUCAGUUAAGUCUUCACCGAAGAUGAAGAGAAUUCUUGAGAUCAUCUUAGCUCUGGGCAAUUACAUGAAUAGCAGCAAGCGAGGCUGUGUUUAUGGCUUCAAAUUACAAAGUCUUGAUCUGCUGCUGGACACUAAAUCUACAGACAGAAAAAUGACAUUGCUCCAUUACAUUGCCCUAAUUGUGAAAGAGAAAUACCCUGAACUGGCCAACUUCUACAAUGAAUUGCACUUUGUGGAUAAAGCUGCUGCAGUAUCUUUGGAAAAUGUGCUGCUGGAUGUUCGAGAACUGGGUAAAGGCAUGGACCUGAUCCGGAGAGAGUGCAGUCUCCAUGACCACUCCGUGCUCAAAGGCUUUGUCCAGUCCAGUGAUACACAGCUGGACAAGUUGCAGAAGGACGCGAAGACAGCAGAGGAAGCCUUCAACAAUGUGGUGAACUACUUUGGAGAGAGUGCCAAGACGACUCCACCCUCAGUAUUUUUCCCUGUGUUUGUGCGCUUCAUCAAAGCCUACAAGGAUGCAGUGGGAGACAACGAACAGAGGAAGAAGCAGGAGGAAGCGAUGAGAGAGAAGUUAAUGGCUCAAGAGGCUAAACAGCAUGACCCUAAGGUCCAGGCCCAGAAGAAGAGACAGCAGCAGCAUGAGCUGAUCGCAGAGCUGCGUAAGAGGCAAGCCAAAGACCACCGGCCUGUGUACGAGGGCAAGGAUGGCACUAUUGAGGACAUCAUCACAGUAUUGAAGAGCGUGCCCUUCACAGCCCGCACUGCUAAACGCGGCUCACGGUUCUUCUGUGAAGCCAACCUUUGUGACGACGCCAACUGCUAGCCCUCCCCCCCUAACGCCAAGAUCUUCGAAACCAGCCCUUCCUGCGAGCUGAUGCAUUGAUCCGGAGUGGUUGGAAGAGACCCUAAACCACUUAUUCUUCACUUAUACCCUCUCCCCAUUAUAACCCUCCUCCCUGUGUCCCGAUGGUUCAUCUCAACCCUGAGGCUGCAGGUUACAAAGACUCUAAAGGGAGGACAGGACAGAGCCCUUGUUUAAGCUGGGUAAUUUAUUUAUUUAUGGAAGCCCUGAACCGCCACUUUAAGUGAGCAGGCACCGGUGUCGAAACACAGAGGGCCACUACUCUCUCUCCCACUGCAAGUAUAAGACUUUCCCCCCUCAUCUGUUGGUAGUGAGAGUUAGAUCAGAAUGGACCAUGACUACACACAUACAGGUGAGGUGACUUGACUGGCAAACCGCAAAGCAGGAGCAGGAGUGCUUUUACACACACAAAAAAAAAAGCGCUUGCCAACAUGUGGAUGUUAUUCCCAAAACCAUUAAUUUCCUCAGAUUAUGCAGUCAUAGCAGGACUUAGACUGGGAGGCAGCCAAGGGAAGAUGCCAACAAUGCUGCUGGGAUAUUUUCCUCACAGACACGUUCAAAAACCUUCCUCCAAACAACAGAGAAUCUUCGCACGUCCAAUCGAGACUUAUUCCAGACAAUGGUUUCAUUAAUAUGAGUUCAAUCGUGUGUCUCAGAGAAAACUGGUCCCUCUGCGACAAGCUAGCCAAACCAAACCUUAUUGAAUGUCUCAUGUUUUGCUUCUCAAAGUGCCUUUUUCUGUGUUAACAGUGUUGUCGUUGGUCAGCCAUACGUUCCUUUUACAUGUUUUUUUUUUUUUUUUUUAAAGAUUGUAUUUUUAUUGCCUUGUACGUUUUAACAGUAGCCUUAUAACAUGAAACAAAGUUACAUUUUCCAGAUUUAAAAGGCACACAGCAAUGAAAGGUCAAGGGGAAUAAUGAUUUUAUGACUGCUCGAUUAUUAACUAUCUGUAUCUUCCAGCUCAUUCCAUCUGACAUGAGUGAUUAUGUUUUGGUGCCUUUUCCAAAUACUCGAAUGCUUUGACAACACUUUCUGUCACACCCGAAGUGGCAUUCGCAAAGUGACAAAUGUAUGAAGAGGACUCCGCGUGGACUGCUGUCAAAAGGGCUCAGAUGACAUUAACCUGCUAUAGAUGUGGUGAUAGAUGAAGGAUGUUAUUGUAUUUUCUAAUUCAGCUGUCAACAGCUGUCGAGAACUGCAGCCUGUGUUUUAAUGUAACAAUGGCACAAAGGGAGUGAUACUCUGUACACUACUUCAUUUGGCUUAUGCUGUUUAAGACACUAUUCUUUAAGUGGACAUUUACAUUUAUGUAUAUUGAAAUCAAAAAAUGACCUUUAGAGGAAAUGAUCCAUGAUCUAUUGACUGAAAGAUGACCCUUUCUUUUUAAUAAAUAAGAUGAGUUAUCUAACUAUAUAAAAAUAA